AUGGCAGAUGAAGUUGUCGCAUGGUUAUCCAUACAGGUGGCUGGCGUCGAGGCUUUUGACACCCAUGGCGGUUAUAUCGAGGUCUGUGGAAAUGAGCAGUUCUACCUUGGGAGGGACCCAGAGCUUUGUCGCUACUCCUGGAGCGACGACCUCACCAUAUCAAGGAAGCAUCUUCGUAUUCAUUGUAUCUUGUAUGAACAAGACCCCGUCGCUCAAAUUGCUCCUCUCGUCUAUGCCACAGACUUAUCAGCAAAUGGUACUUACUUGAAGAAAAGAAACACGGCGUGUGUUGGGUCACAGGGCCGGGAGAUCCUGAUGGGCAACAGCAAUUGUUUUCUUCUAGAACACGGCGAUGAACUUCGCAUCUCGGAUACUGUGACGUUAGUAUAUACUUCCAAGACACAUGGUAAAGAGGCUGUACUGUCGCCCGUCCAGCAACGCGAGAAGCAAUCAUUCGCCUCGCGUUAUCUUGUUACUGGCCGGAUGCUGGGUGAAGGUGGAUAUGGCCGAGUCUUGGUGGGUAUAAACCAAGACACGCAACGACAGCUUGCAUGCAAGGUUGUACGAAUAGAUCAUCUCCACGAUGCUCUCGUUACUUCGAAUCUGGAGUUUGCCACAGGAGAGCGAGGAGAACAUAAGUUAGUCACCAAACAGCGAUGGCCGACCAAGGUUGCCAAUUGCUUUCGUGAAUUCGACAUUCUAAAGGACUUGAGCCAUCCCAACGUGGUCGCCCUGGAGAAGGUGUUCUGGAGUCCCAACACUAUAUAUCUCUUUCAGGAACUGGUCACUGGUGGAGAUCUCUUCUCUUUUCUUGAAUUCAAAGGUGGUCGUUUGAGCAGCAUUCAUUCGGCCGUCAUCAUACGCCAAGUAUUGAAAGGCGUCGAGUAUUUACACAACCACGACAUUGUGCAUCGCGAUCUUAAACCAGACAAUAUUCUAAUGACAUCUCUCGAUGACGGCGCCCGUGUUGUAAUCACCGACUUUGGCAACGCAAGACUCCUGCCAAAUGCCGAACCUACUAGCCAUAUUGCAAACAACCAAAAACAGCGCAUGUUCUCCUAUGUCGGAACCCUGGAGUUUGCUGCGCCAGAGAUACACAAAGCCAACAAGACGAUCCCAACAGACAAAGGCUACUCAAAGAGUGUGGACAUGUGGUCUAUUGGGUCAGUCACAGCUACUGUACUUACUGGCGACGUCAUCUUCACCGAUCGUACGCAUCCAAAGUAUGAGAAGGAUCCCCGAUCUGUCAUCAUGACCCUUGCCGGGAAAUGCGACCUGUGUGUUCUUGAUGAUAAACACCAUCCGGUCUGGGCGACAAUUGGUAAUCGUCCGAAGGAUUUCAUCAGAAGGCUUCUGGUUCUUGACGAAGAAGCUCGAAUGACGGCUACUGAAGCACUUUAUCAUCCCUGGUUCUCGGCCUACGCCGAAGAGUUUCAGAAGCUGUAUACCCGCUCUAUCAAAGAAUGGAAGCCACGCGAGCGAAAUUUAAAAUUGGUCGAACGUAUCUCCACUUUUGUGCCCGGACCCGUCAAAUGCGCCUUCUUCAAACAGGGCCCAGGUGAAGGAUCAAUUUCGCCUUUCUCUCAGUCUAUACCGCAGGGCGUAACCCAAGCAACCCAAGAAAGCUUGGCCCAGGACACUUCCAGCACUAACAUCUGGCGCACUGAUACUCCUUUGCCUUCUAUCUGGCAAGAUCACAAGACUGGCCAGUUUGCGAGUCGGGGGCAGUCUCAAUUGCGCGACGUAGAUGAUUUUCUACGGGAAAGCCUAGAUCGUCACAUAGCUGUAUCUGGCAGCAACCAACACUCUGCGGGCGACAACCAUUCUGAACAGUCUUCGGAGAGUCUAAAAAAUGUUCACAAAAGUUUCUUCCAGCAAAUAGCUGGUAAAAAAUUACCACAAACACGAUCAUAUGGAGAGACACAUGAAUCGGUUCUGGUGGCUGAGGAGGUGACGCCGCUUGCUGAACAAUCUCAGCUUGUAGUGAGUGACUGUGACGGUAGAAAAGACGAAGAGUGGUAUCAGCAGAUGCAGUGCCCCGUGGAGUCCCGCCGCCAAGAUUCCAGUGGAGUUGACCAGCAGAGCUCAGUCCUGGUCUACGAGACCCCUCCAGAGGUUGGCCGUAAGCACCAACGUUCCAUCUACUCGACAUACUCUCAGGAUCUCCAACAACAUUCGAGCUACGAGCAACAGAAGCGCAGAAGACGAUCUCGACCUUACGAAAAAAUCCAUAAAUCGCGUCAAAAUCCCGUACAGCGCGGGUCUUAUCGUGUGACCCCGUUUGAGCAUGUGGCCAUCGGUCGUUUCUUCUUCAUCACUGCCAAUUUCAAAUUUGCGCCCUCUUCCCUCGCCUUUUACGACCAGGAACGCAUUAUUGACUUCAUAGGUCGAAUGAUUCUUGUGGGACAGGCCACAAAAUUUGCGCCAUAUCAUAGAAGAACAAGAGAAGACCCGACGCCAACAUUACGAGAGCUGAAAUCGACGGAAGUUGUAUAUGCCCAAGUGUUUCGCGAUCCUCAUGUGUCUUUUGACAUCGGCGCUUCGAUUUCUCUACUCAGCUUCCGUCAGGCAAUCUUGCACGUUUUCAAGCAGCCGAGCCACAAGCCAGCUUGUGAGUCUGGACUCGAUGGCAUGAUGCAGGGCCAGAGCAUGGAAAAUAUCAAAACUCUGAACAACAAAGAUUCUUCAGAGUUUCUCGUGCUGAGAGAGGCUAUGUAUUGCGCUAGGCAGAGCUUGUAG